AUGCAGCGGUUGAAGGUUCCGAAGCGGGUCCAGGUGGACGAAUCCCCGACAGAGAUUCCCAAAUAUGAUGUGGCGGAAGAUGAAGAGGGGAACCCCUCGGAAGCCCUAGGCCACCAAAACGACGACGGAGAAGAUAAUGGCGGAAUUAGAAAUAGCAACGUCACUGAAGAUCAGGAGCCCUUCAUGGGGGUCAAGGUCCGAAGAAAAGCUUCGUUUCGCAGAGAAUACAAAGGAGACUACAUCGACGUCCGUUCCAAUCCGUACUUGAUGAAAAUCUUGCAGAAACAAGGUGACAAGGAGGUUCUGUUUGCCGAUAAAGUUUUGAAGUUUACUGCUUCUGGGAAGAUGAAGCGGCGCAUUUUGAUGAUCACUGACUUUGCCAUCUACAUUGUUGACCCAGAGGCCGAUGCACUGAAACGGAGGAUAGCCCUUGCAGCUGUAGAGAGGAUGUGCUUGAGUGAACUAAGUGAUAACUUUUUCGCAAUUAUCAUUCCGACUGAGUAUGAUGUACUCAUGGCUAGUACUCGCAAGACUGAAAUCGUUACUGUCUUAGUUGAAGCUACUAAGAGUGCUUCUGAUUACGAACUUGAAGUUUGUUUCUCUAACAGUUUUGAGUAUAAUGCAACUGCAGAAUUCGUGAAGGAGGUUCAAUUUGAGGAAGUUGAAGGGGGUGUUAAAACAAGAAUUUUGAAGAAGUGA